ACUACACAUUUUAAAAAAACAACGAUGCUACAUAUACGUGUCUGUACAAACGUUACUUUUGAAAAUCUGGGAGACUGAACAUUAAAUCGACAUGUUUAUCGUACGAGUUAACAAAUGAUGCAAAGGUGAAGGUCAAAAGAGAAGUUUUCUUGCUGUUGUUUACUUGUUAGAUCGAAUGUACUUAUGUAGCUGAUCCACCAUUUACGAAAGAAUGUAAUGUGACGGGGAGAGAAGUUAAAAAACAGAAAGUAAAAUUUUGCACCAUAACAUUUGGAUGCCGCUUUGUUGUUUACCAGCGCAGUUUACUUGAAAGUCAUGCCAAAGAGAGCAAGGAUUGAUGAUAAGCGUAGUCGCCAGAAAGACAAGCUGAGAAAGAGACUGAAAAGACAACAGAAUGCUUGCUCCUCUGCCGUCACACCACCAAAUGAGACCACAGAGUCUGUUGUCCCUUGCGGGUCAAUGGACGGAGCUGUGUCAGCUCCCCCUGGUAAUCUUCCAGGGUUUGGUUUGAUGGGGUUUCCACCUAAAGAGGAAAAACCCCUGGCCAGGAUGCAGGCCUCGCCUCGAGUGAAAAUGCAUCCACCUGCCCCGAGGUUGCCAUCUCCUCGGGGAAGUCGUCUGUUUGUCAAAAACGUGACAAAGGCACCGUCCACUGACUCCCCAGCGUGGGUUUGUACUCCAACGAGGGUACCUGGGCAUGAUGAAGGCUUUAAGCCUUGCCCAGCAGGUCAGGCGCAGCUGGACUCUUCUGUGCUAAGAGGGUCUAGCAGUAUAUCAAAAGAUGAGGAAAUAAAGACAGUGUUAAAAACGGCUUCUGAACGUAAAAAUAGUACUGACUUGGUCAAUGUAAACUUGUCUUGUGACAUGGAAAAAAAGGAAGUAAAACAUGCAGAUGAAAUUUUGAAUGAGAAUGAGAUUGACAUAGCUGAAAAUAGUUACAUGAAUGAAAACGUUAUGAGACAUGCACAUGAAACUGUAUAUGAGAAUGUUGACAAUCAUCAGAGAUACUUUGUUCAAAAUAGUGAAUGUACUCAAAUGCAUGAAAUUGACUGUAAUGUAAAUGACACAAAUUUUCAGACAUCUGUUCAAGGUUCAUUCCAUCAGGCACAUCCCAUGUUUGGUGACAAUGCAGGUACUCAAUGUGUUGCAAACAGUUUAGCUGGUCUAGCUUUUGAACAAUUUAAAAGCAGCAAACUUUGGACUACACAGGAUAUGAACAAGAUACUAGCAACAGGUGAUGAGUUGUACACAUUUUUGCAGAGAAGUUCUUCGAUGCAUAGUAGAUAUUUAUUGGUAGAUGAAUUACCCCAGUACUUUGAGUGUUUCAACAGGGCAUUUGAAUUCACAACGAAUUCAACGUUAGCAAGUAUUAUAAAUUUGUCGGGUCAUGAACCAUGCUAUGCUGACUUCAAUGCAUACCAUCUAUAUGAGGCGUUACAAAUUACUUUGCUAGAAUCAAAUGGGUGUUUUGUGUGCUUUGGGGGAAAUACAUUUCUUAUUGGAAAAACAAAUGGAUUUUAUUUUACAUUUGACUCCCAUUCAAGAUCACCACAAGGCUUAUUUAGUUGUAGUGGGAAAAGUACAAGACUUUUGUUCCAAAAUGUAGAGCAAUUAUUAGAACAUAUUCAGAAGCUUGCCAUUUCCAUGGGGUUUUCGAGCAUUGUUGAAUGCAAUAUAACAGGGGCAAUAUGCCGUGCAAAAAAGUUGGAAGAAGAAAAGAAAGUUUGUUGUACUUCUACAGAGCAAAGUGGUGAAAAUGAAUGUGAGAAUACAACAGAUUGCGAUGGUGAUAGUGAUGAUGAUGCAAUUGUAUUUAUUCGUAAUGAAGAAAACCGAUUUCGAUUUUGUCCCCUAUCAAAUGCUUUAAACACCUAUUCUCAGAAUAAGCGGACUUUUUCAGAUAGAAAGUUGAAGAAAUAA